AUGUGCCACAGGUCCCUGAGGAAAAAGGAGAGACCUCACAACUUGAGAAUUGUCCUUGAAGACUCCUCCCCAGUGCAGCUGUAUGAGACGGUGUGCUCGUGUGCUGCUGGCAAGGCACUUUGCAACCAUACCGUGGCUCUCCUUUUUCAGACAGCGACCUACUCUCAGCUCCGCCUCCUUGCUGUACCCCCAGUCCUUAGCUGCACCGAGACAGAGCAACGCUGGCACAAGCCAAGGACUAUGGGUGUAAAACCAGGCCGGGUCAGUGAUAUGGUUGUGAUGUCUGCCAAGCCCAAACAAAGGACAGUUGCCAGUGGUGUCAGGAGCACUCUCUACAAGGCGAUGCGGGGGGAUAUGCCUGAUCCUGAUGUUUUGAAAGUGACAGAAGCAUAUGAAGGCUUUUCACCUGACAUAGCACCCCUUAUUACCACCAUGUCCAUCAGUGCUGGUGUCCCGCUGGUCGAGUCAGCUUUGGGAAAAGUUCAGGAGGGCAGCCUGAUCUCUUACCAGCAGCCAGUGCCAGCGAGCCGCAUCCCCUCUGCCUUUGGAUGGCUACAGAUUGGAGCCCACUUGUUGCCAGUUUGUAUGCAGUCUCCACCAGCAACUGCAUCUGCAAUCUAUACUGACCAACUUGGAAAUGGCAAGGGCAAUAGAAGUGGCAACAAGGGACCAGAGUAUGUCUGUGGAGUGGCAUCGGGUCAGAAAGAUGAGAUUAACAUCUUCUCACUUUAGGGAGGUUUGUCAUGUUCGUGGUCAGACAUCAGCAGAACAUCUCGCUGAAAGACUGCUCAGGGGUGUGGCCCAAACAUCGGUCAUGAAAAGAGGUCUGGCAUUAGAGCCACAGGCCAUUCAAGAGUAC